UCUCUUAUUACUCUCAGAGUCUCUCUCUCCUUCCAUGAUCUUUCUCUGUGCGGAAAACCCUAGAAAAUUGUCAUUAAAUUGAAAUAAAAAAUAGAAACACUGUAAUUAGGAUAGAUGGCGAAUAAACUGGCCACGAGAAGAGAGCUAUUGGACCGUUGGAGAGGCAUUGAGGAAGAAGCAGACGAAGACGACGAUCGCAUUGACGCCUCUAAACGUCAUCGUCUCCACCAGAACAAAGAACAAUGGUUUGCAGAUGCAUUUAAAUUCUUGAUCUCUUUGCCAAAAGAAAAUCAUAUUUGGUGUGGGUCCUGGGAUAUAAUGGGGCCUCUUCUGGAGACUUUUUACAACUACUUCAAAGAUGAGCAUUCUGAUUCUCCUCUUAGACAACUAUGGAGGAGAAUCUCUGAGGAAAUGCGGCAGUGCAUCCAAUGCAUUUCCCAGCACUAUCAAGCCCAUGAGAUGUAUAGCACGGAGUACGAAUCGAGUUCUAUUGGUCCCCUUCUGGAUGUUUUGCGAAGUCUUGAUGAGGAAAGAGUGACACAGCACUUGAUAGAGAUAAAUACUAAAUUAGCCCGGAAAGAAUAUGAUGCUGCCCGUGAUAAUGCAGAAGUCAUUAGUGUCAUGUAUGAGGUCCUAAUGUUCCCUGUACUAUUGGAUGAUGAGUCCUUAUUCACUGAAUUUGAAAAAUUUAUUGAAGCAGUUGAUAAUAUGCAUGAACUGGCUCUGGCUGGACAGCAACAGUUUCCGGGUGUUUAUGCAUUAUUUUUCUUCAAAAGAAGAGUGCGCUCUGUUGGUCAUCGUUUAGCUGGUUCUAUGGGAAAACUGAGGAGAGCAACAGACUUGGAACCCUUGCAGCCUUUGCUUAAGAAAUUCAUCGGCUUCUUGGAGACUGAAGUGUUACCAUCAACUUUGAAAACUUUAAGGCCAAGAGUGCAGCUGGAACGCAUGUCCAUAUGGCUUGGAAUAAAAUCACUGCUUGGGUUUUUGGAACCUCCAGCUUUUGAAGAAGCGAUAUUAGAGCGCUAUCCCAUUUUUCUUGAUAUUGUACUCAAUCAUAUUAGUGGUGACUCAUUAGAAUUCUCUCAUGCAGUUGCUUGCUUGAGAAUACUCUUUGAAAUGCUUGGUUGUAAACUUUGGCUGAGAUCUACAUUGUCUCCAAGUGUGAUGCGCAAUACUCUACUGGGCCAGUGUUUUCAUACUCGAAACGAGAAGAGUCAUAAGGACAUUUUCGAUCUUUUUCAGCCUUUUCUGCAGUCUCUUGAAGCUUUGCAAGAUGGGGAACAUGAAAAGCAACGUAGGCAUUUUCUUUAUUUUCUCCUCAUUCAGGUUCCUGUGAGCAGUAACUUCAGUGGCUUAACGAGACAAAAGGCUUGUCAGAUAGCCCUUCUAAUUGUGCAUCGAGGUUACACAAUGAACCCACCUUGUCCUCCAUCUGAAUGUGCACAUAUGUGGGGCCCUUCUCUUGUGUCAUCUCUGAAGGAUUCUUCGCUUCACAGUUCUCUAAGACAACCUGCCUUUGAUCUUAUACAAACUAUCAUGGUGUCUGAUGCUGCUGUGUUAAUAAGCUCAGUGUUGAAUACCCACCCAACCGUGGUUUCUGAAAGGAGCAUGUCUUAUGAGUUGAAUGAUGAAGAUGAUGAGGGGCUUCCAUUUUCUGUGGAUGCUGAAGAGAAGGAUAAUAGUUCAUGGAGUGAAUUUAGCAUUCAAAGUAAAAUUACAUCUCGGGAAUUUGGAGAGUGGAUGUGCAUUCCAAUGUUAUGGAUUGAUGUCCUUGUUGACAUCAAUCCAUCAACUCUUCCUAUAUCGUUUUCCAAGGCUGUUUUCUGGGCGCGAUCUCGUUUUCCUAUGGUAGAACCUGAGACUGGUGCAGAAAGUGCUCUUCCAGUCAGAACCUGGCUUUCAUCCUUAGCUACAGAAAUAUCUUCAACCUUUGGGUGGAAGGUCCCCACUGGUUCUGAUGAUGGUGGAGAUGGGAAGGAGUCAAAAAACUCAAUUAAAGUCUCAACAAUGUCUCUUCCUUUAAUACGAACAUUCAACAGGUUAACAUCACAUUUUCUGGUUCAUGUGGGGCAGGGGGAACUUCGUAAACAGUGGACAUGGGAGCCAAGGAUGGGUGAAAGCUUGUUCCUUUCACUUAUAGAUCCCAAUGAUAAUGUGAGGAAAUUUGGCAAGUGCAUCAUGGAACAGGUUUCCAAUACACAGGGUCUUGCUAGUAGUUUGAAGUUCCUAUGUUCUUAUGGAUCUUCAUUGUCCGCUGUCCUUUUGGGCUUGAGACAUGCUGUGAAACUGGUCCAACUGGAUACUGUUAUAUUAAAGUUUCAGACCCUACAUCAUUUUUUCUUUGUUCUUCGGAGAAUACUUAUUGAUGGGGAUUCACGUGCUGCGGACUUUCCAGAACCUGACCACUUAAAUACAACAAAGUUUUCUUCCCAAGGUGGAUUUCUUAGGCAGCCAGUCUUUGAUUCCUCGCCUGUCAAUGUCAAUGGCCAUCCUUCAAAUGUCGACUCAAAUUUACUGGAAAGAUUUUAUUACUUGCUAUCAGAAACUGCAUGGCCUUCCAUCUGCAGGUGCUUAUUAGAAGGAAAAGCAUUUAUUGAUUACAGUGUUUGUCAGAUGACUUGUGUCCGAAUACUUGAGAUCCUCCCUUGUGUGUUUGAAAAUAUAUACUGUUUAUGUCAUAAACAGUCUGGAUUUUCUGGAACAAAGGAAAAUACAUAUGACUUCUCAUGGCUUCAUGAUUUUAUGGAUUGGGGAAAGUCAUCACUUAAAACUGUGGUUGUAUACUGGCAACGAACAAUCACCUCCUUGCUGAAAUUGCUAAAAGGGUUUUGCAACAGUUCUAUCACAUCAACAAUCGGCACCAUUGAAAAUCUAAUUUCAUCCGAUUGCGUUUCGAUGGAUCAAUUGAUGGAACAAGUGGCACUCCUUUCAGUUUCUUUAUCCAAGGAAGCCUCUUCUAGUGUGGGAAAGACUGACCUCUGUUCAAAUGCUUUGUUUCCUGAAGGGUUAUCUUUUGAGAAGAAGUAUUCAGCUCCAGUUAUGCAGCCCUUGCCAAUCAAGGAACCAGAUGUUCAAAUCCUGCACUCACCAUUGGUCGAUAACAGAAAGCGUAGGGAUGAUAUGAUUGUCCUUUCUGAUGAUGAAACUGAAGCAGUUUCACCCAGUGAAGUAAUUUUGUCUGAUACUAAGAUGAGUCCGUGCAUGGAGGGUGACAAGACAAUUGCUUGUAGUGCUGAUAAAAGCGCUUCAUAUACUGAACCUGCGAAGAAGAUUUCUGGUGCAGACACUUACAAGGAUUCUUUCAAGGCCUUCCAGAAAAUUGAUGCUACAGAGGGUUCUGGCCUUGCUUAUCAGAAACAGGAUUUUGAUAGAUCAAGAGGAAAAAUGCCACAUGUUUCUUCGCUCAAAUCAAAAGAUGUAGAUAAUAGCAGGAAAGAAAUAAUCCCUGAAUGCAGUAUAAUUGAUUCUGAAAAAUCUCAGGAUAAAAUUAAUUUGAAUAACUCAUCUGUCGGUGCUGUCAGUUCCAAAAAGUUGAAUCAAGUCUCCAACAAUGUGGUCUUGAAAGAAGACACCGCUGUGUUGAAACAGAUAGUAUGUGAUGCCAAAGACAAUUCAUUAGAGUCUGCUCUCAAUUCGGUCAGACCUCAGCAGUCACUUCUGACCAAAACAAGCAUUCCUGGUCCUAAGCGACAACUUAUUCAGCUUAGAUCACCUUUUCAGAACAGACCUGGUCAUUUACAGAGGAUGGAAGCUCGAAAAAGGUUCAAGCCACCAAGGCUUGAUGAAUGGUAUAGACCUAUCUUAGAGUUAGAUUACUUUGCUCUAGUGGGGGUUGCAUCUGGAAGUGCAAAUGAUAACCAUAAAGUUGCGAAAUUAAAGGAGGUUCCUGUGCAGUUCCAUUCACCUGAACAGUAUGUUGAAAUCUUUUGUCCAUUGGUUUUGGAGGAGUUUAAAGCACAGUUACAUAGUUCAUUUCUAGAAAUGUCUUCAUGGGAAGAGAUGUACUUUGGCAGUUUAUCAGUGCUUUCAGUUGAAAGAAUUGAUGAUUUUCAUCUUGUUCGCUUUUCUCAUGAUGUCAAUGAUGCUACAGCAUCAAGCAACUUCUCAGAAAAUGAUCUUGUAUUGCUAACAAAAGAGCCCCCACAAAAAUGUUCGCAUGAUGUUCAUGUGCUUGGGAAGGUGGAGAGGCGUGAGAGAGACAAUAAGCGAAGGUUAAGUUUACUACUCAUCAGGUUUUAUCUUCUGAAUGGUACUUCACGUUUACAUCAAGCCAGAAGGAACCUCCUUGAACGUAGUAAAUGGCAUGCAAGUCGUAUUAUGAACAUUACACCUCAACUUCGUGAAUUUCAGGCAUUAUCAUCAAUAAAGGAUAUCCCCUUACUUCCAACUAUUUUGAAGCCAGUCAAUGAUUCUUAUGAUUCUAGUGAAAGCAAGGAAGUAGAUCUGAGUAAACUGUCCCGACCAUUGCAGCAAGUACUGAAGUCAUCCUUUAAUGAGAGUCAGCUUCAGGCUAUUAGUAUUGCCACUGGAACAUCUAGGCGGACGAAAGAUUUUGACUUAUCUCUUAUCCAGGGUCCUCCAGGUACUGGUAAGACAAGAACUAUUGUGGCCAUUGUCAGUGCUUUGCUUGCUUCCCCUUCACAGAAGACAGGUCCUGAAAGAAAUACUCUGGCUGGGAGUUCGAAACAAAUUUCAGGUCCCAAGAUUAACCAGGCUGCUGCCAUUGCAAGGGCGUGGCAGGAUGCAGCCUUGGCUAGACAACUGAAUGAUGAUGUACAAAGGAAUACCAAAGCUGUAGAAAGUUACUUGAGAGGAAGGGUGCUCAUCUGUGCUCAAUCUAAUGCUGCUGUUGAUGAGUUAGUGUCAAGGAUUUCUAGCCAAGGGCUGUAUGGCAGUGAUGGAAAGAUGUAUAAGCCAUAUCUUGUGAGGGUUGGAAAUGCGAAAACAGUUCAUCCAAAUUCGCUGCCAUUCUUUAUUGAUACACUUGUCGAUCAACGGUUGGCAGAUGAGAGGAUGAAAUUGAUUGAUGCAAAAAAUGAUUUGAGUGUGGAUUCUUCAAUUGCACUGCGCUCUAAUCUAGAAAAGUUAGUCGAUCGUAUUAGAUUCUUUGAAGCCAAGCGUGCUAACUUAAAUGAUCAAAAUCCUGACCUUAAAAAGUCUUCUGAAGAUGAUAAUUAUAAGGGGGAUGAUGGGAAGGAAAUGUCUGAUGCAGAGAUAGCUUUCAAGUUAAGAAAACUUUAUGAGCAAAAGAAGCAAAUUUAUAAGGAUCUUAGUACUGUUCAGCAGCAGGAGAAGAAAACUAACGAAGAAAUCAGAGGACUUAAAUUUAAACUGCGGAAGUCUAUACUGAGAGAAGCUGAAAUUGUGGUAACUACAUUAAGUGGCUGUGGGGGAGACCUUUACGGAGUGUGUUCUGAAUCUAUGUCAAGUCAUAAGUUUGGCAGUCCAUCUGAACAUACUCUUUUUGAUGCUGUUGUUAUUGAUGAAGCUGCCCAAGCUCUGGAACCUGCUACUCUUAUUCCUCUUCAGCUUUUAAAGUCAAAUGGAACCAAAUGUAUCAUGGUUGGCGAUCCAAAGCAACUUCCUGCAACAGUUCUCUCGAAUGUUGCCAGUAAAUUUCUAUAUGAGUGCAGCAUGUUCGAACGUUUACAAAGAGCUGGGCACCCAGUUAUUAUGCUGACCAAACAGUAUAGGAUGCACCCAGAAAUAUGUCUGUUUCCUUCUUUGCAUUUUUAUGAGAAGAAGUUGCUGAAUGGCGAUCACAUGUCUAGCAAAUCAGCACCAUUUCACGAGACUGAAGGUCUUGGACCUUAUCUCUUUUAUGAUGUUAUUGAUGGCCGGGAGCUUCGGGGUAAGAAUGCUAGUGCCUUGUCCCUGUAUAAUGAGCAUGAAGCUGAUGCUGCAGUUGAAUUACUUAGGUUUUUCAAAAAGAGGUACCCUUCUGAAUUUCUUGGUGGAAGAAUUGGCAUCAUAACUCCAUAUAAGUGUCAGCUCUCGCUGUUGCGCUCUCGUUUUUCUAGUGCAUUUGGAUCUUCUACCUUAGAUGAAAUGGAACUUAAUACUAUUGAUGGCUUCCAAGGUCGGGAGGUUGAUAUAUUGAUACUUUCCACUGUUAGAGCAGCAGAGGCACCUGGAAGGAACUCCAGCAGUAUUGGGUUUGUUGCUGAUGUGAGACGGAUGAAUGUUGCUUUGACAAGAGCCAAAUUCUCACUUUGGAUUUUGGGUAAUGCGAGGACUUUGCAGACAAACGAAAACUGGACUGCUCUUGUAAAAGAUGCUCAAAAGAGAAAUUUGGUUAUAACAGCUGAAAAGCCGUACAAGGACAUGUUCAAAACAGCUUCCGAGAAAAAAUUUGGUACUGAUUCAUUAGAGUCACAACGUGUUCAAAAGAUUAAAGAUACAAGUCAUCAGCAUGCAAGAAAAAGUGAACGCAGUGCAAAGGAAACACUUGAAAGAAAAACAAAACACAUUGAUCAUGUUGCGCAGAGUAAAAGAAGGCCUAAUGGAGGUGAAACAGAUUUUUCAGCAACUAAAGAAGAAACUAGAAUAAAAAAAGUAAGUGCUAGAGACGAACCUGAUUUACCAUUGAAGGACGGCCUUUCUACUGAUGCCAUUCCAGAUGGCCACAAUAAAAUUUCCAAGGAGGUGAAGUCAGCAAUGUCAAGGGAUCAUGCCACAGAUGGUGAAAGUAAAGAUAAAGAAAGCAGAAAAAAGAGAAAAGUUAAAUUUGAAACUUCGAAAAGGGAUGCAGAUAACUCUGAACAAAGAACAGAUGAUGGUAGAUCUAUGAAAUCACAAGAAUCAAAAAGGGCUAAGAGAGCUUCUGAGGGUGACAGAAGCCAGACAAUUCAAGUUUCAGCUCCCGCAAAUCAAACUAAGGAUGCAAGUGACGGAGUUAGAGCUUCAAAUCAAGCUGGAACUUCUCAAGAUUUAAUUGCAAAAAGGAAAAAACAGCGCGAAGCUGUUGAUGCUAUUCUUUACUCAGCUCUUAUUCCUUCAAAGAAGUCGGAAACAUCAAUGAAACCCGUGCCUUCUAAAAGACCUCUAUCCUCUUCCUCUACUGCAAGUGGUGGUAUAAGACCACCCAAGACAAGGAAAGAUUAGCUUGUCUGUUGUUGUCUAGGUUUGCGGUGUUUGUUUGCCUAGCAUCCUCAACCAGUGAACUUCCUCGCACAGCACCAACACUACCUGCUCGUCGUGGAUUGAAGCCUAAGUUUUCCAUUAAUCUUUUUGAGAAUGAGAUGGAGAACCUGUAAGUUGUUGCAGACUGCAAAUGGAGAACCAAGAGCAGGAGACGGGUUUCCGAUGUGAACAA